AUGGAGUCAACAACCACACAAUCUCAAAACGGUAAUAGUGAUUGGCAUUCACAACAAAAACGAGAAACCAAUAUAUUUUUAGCAGAACGACAACUCACCACGGAAAUACCAUAUAACUUUGUUUUAGGAAGUCGUCUUUCAGCAGCUCAACCUAACAAUCAACAAGGUCAGUGGUGCAUAACUUCUGGUACUUACAUGGCUGUUCAUCGAUGUGUUCUUGCUGCUCGUUCAAAUACUUUUUCUGCUAUUAUGUCGGGCAAUAACAGUCGACUUGAUCCUGAUAUAAAAAAAGGACUUGAAACAUCUGUGAGGAAUAAUAAAUUAGAAAUUUCUAUUGAUAAAACUCUUCCCGAAAUAAUGAAACAAGUUAUUAUAUUUAUGUAUACAGCUAAAUGUGAACUAAAUGAACGUAAUGGUACAUUUUCAAUUAUUUUAUUUUGUCAUCAAUCAUAUGGCCUUCUUGAUGCGGCUGGUCGAUAUGAUAUUAAAAGUUUAAAAGAAUAUACUUCUCAACUUCUUGUUAAUCAUAUCAACAUAAAUAAUGUGUUGAAGUUAAUAGAAUCCGCAUAUGUAUACAAUAAUUUAUUACUUAAACAUAAAUGUAUUGAUUAUUUUAUUGAUAACGGUAAGGAAGUGAUGGAUACAAAUGAAUCGUGGGGACGCUUCGCUAAUAAUUGCAAAGGGAUUGUUGCUGACCUUCUUUAUUGGACUGUUAAUAAAGACGAAUACCGCCAAGAAAUAGCUCAACCGCAGUUACAUUCGCAAUGGUAA